CUUAAAAGUAGUUAAAUACCUACCGAUUUGUUACUGUCUGUGACAGAUUUGGUUAUAAUUUAACGCUUCCGUCUAUAAAUCUUCACAUUAUAACCUGAGGACUGGUUGCAUAUUUUUAAAGUAUUAAAAACAUUUAUUAGUAUUUAAAAUGGUAGUGAGGCAGUACAAGGAGGAGCUGAAUUACAUAGAGCAAAUAAAUGAUACAUGCUGGAGGAUAAAGAAAGGUUUUCAACCUAACAUGAAAGUUGAGGGCGUGUUUUAUGUGAAUACUACAUUGCAACGCUUAAUGUUUGAUGAACUACGUAAUGCAUGUAGACCUGGUGUAGUAGGAGGUUUCCUUCCUGGAAUGAAACAGAUUGCCAAUGUGGCUGCACUUCCUGGAAUUGUAUGGAGAUCUGUUGGAUUGCCCGAUGUUCAUUCUGGCUAUGGUUUUGCCAUUGGUAAUAUGGCAGCAUUUGAUAUGAAUGAUCCAAAGUCAAUAGUAUCACCUGGUGGUGUAGGAUUUGAUAUUAAUUGUGGAGUACGUUUAUUGAGAACCAACUUGUUUGAGGAGGAUGUCUUACCUGUAAAGGAGCAACUCGCACAAAGUAUGUUUGAUCAUAUUCCUGUUGGUGUUGGUUCAAAAGGAAUCAUACCCAUGAAUGCUAGAGAUUUAGAAGAAGCUUUGGAAAUGGGCAUGGACUGGUCCCUUAGGGAAGGUUAUAUCUGGGCUGAGGACAAAGAACAUUGCGAGGAAUAUGGUAGAAUGCUUAAUGCAGACUCAUCGAAGGUAUCAAUGAGGGCUAAAAAGCGUGGACUACCUCAGCUAGGAACACUAGGAGCAGGAAAUCAUUAUGCUGAGAUUCAAGUGGUGGAAGAAAUUUAUGAUAAAUGGGCAGCAUGUAAAAUGGGCAUUGAAGAGAAGGGUCAAAUAUGUGUAAUGAUUCAUUCCGGGAGCAGAGGAUUCGGUCAUCAAGUUGCGACUGAUGCACUCGUUCAAAUGGAAAAAGCUAUGAAAAGAGAUAAUAUUGAGACUAACGACAGGCAAUUAGCUUGUGCUCACAUUAAAUCCCAAGAAGGUCAAGACUAUUUAAAAGCCAUGGCAGCUGCUGCCAACUUUGCUUGGGUGAACAGAAGUUCCAUGACAUUCCUUAGUCGACAAGCUUUUGCAAAGCAGUUCCAAAUGUCUCCGGAUGAUUUAGAUAUGCACGUUAUAUACGAUGUUUCCCAUAAUAUCGCAAAGGUGGAGGAACAUAUGGUUGAGGGUAAACAGAAGACGCUUUUAGUGCACAGAAAAGGAUCCACGAGAGCUUUCCCUCCUCAUCAUCCUUUGAUUCCAGUCGACUAUCAGUUAACAGGUCAGCCAGUGUUGAUUGGCGGUACCAUGGGAACAUGUAGUUACGUUCUUACUGGUACUGAACGGGGUAUGAAAGAGACAUUUGGAUCGACUUGUCAUGGCGCGGGCCGAGCUCUAUCUAGAGCUAAAUCACGAAGGAAUUUGGAUUACACGCAUGUCUUAAAACAAUUAGAAGAUAAAGGAAUAUCCAUAAGAGUCGCUUCACCGAAGUUGGUAAUGGAAGAAGCACCGGAAUCUUAUAAAAAUGUGACAGACGUUGUAAAUACGUGUCACGCAGCCGGAAUUUCUCGAAAAUGCAUAAAGUUAAGGCCAAUCGCAGUUAUUAAAGGAUAAAAUUGUUUAAAUACAUUGAACGAGUGUUUGGAGUUGUUAAUUGUGACUUCAUAGCCGCUUGGAGUAUUAACCAAGUCAUAAUUGUAACAUCUCAUCAAGGGUCUAACAA